UGCUGCUCGCGACGCUAAAUGUUAACCGCCGCAUCAAUCUUGUAGCGCUUUUUUCGACGCGCAGUUAGCUGGAUUCUGAGGAAACGCUUACUUUUGGGGAUGACGAACCAAUAACCGUUGGCGUACUAAGCGUACAAACAGCAAUUUCGGUGGAGUCGACGGACUGCGCGUCUGUGGAUUGAAUCCGCCGUCUGUAACUUUUAUUUCGGGCCGCCUGGCCUCAGAUGAUCCGCUGAAUUCGCAUCGAGGACAGACAUCACACCCUCUUGUGCGAAUAAGAUGGAGAGUGAGAUGAAGAGGAGGAAAUACUCCACCAGCAGCAACGACUCUGACACCACCGACAGUCAUGUGACCACCUGGUCACGGUCUUCAAAGAACACCGGGAUCAGCAGCACAUGGGUACGCCAUGAGCAGAAGAAACCGUCUGAGGUGUUUCGGACCGAUUUUAUUACAGCCAUGAAGUUGCCUGAUUCGGCACAACUGAGCCCAGAGGAGUUUUAUUUCCUCUCCGACCCCUGGAGGCAGGAAUGGGAGAAGGGUGUUCAGGUGCCAGCCAAUGUGGAACCGAUUCCCGAGCCUGUAGUUCGGAUGCUUCCGGAGGUCAAUCGAAUCCCAUUCUUUUCACCGAUCCAAACCAGGGGCCAGUCAGAGUUUGGCUUCGGAGAGUCACAUGGUCUCCCUGAGCCGUUGAGCUGUUACGAUCUGGAUGAUCUGGAUGUGACCUGGCUUGAACUGGUUAAUACUGAAUUCAGACAACUAGCACUUCCAGAGCUGGACGAGCUCACCAUGGAGCAGGUUGUUGUGGAGCUGGAGAACAGGUGUCAGCAGAACAUGCAGCAGGCCAUCGAGACCGAGGAGGGUCUGGGUAUCGAAUACGACGAGGACGUGGUUUGUGACGUGUGCCGCUCACCUGAGGGGGAGGAUGGCAACGAAAUGGUCUUCUGUGACAAGUGCAACGUUUGUGUGCAUCAGGCGUGUUACGGGAUCUUGAAGGUGCCGCAGGGUAACUGGCUGUGCCGAAUCUGUGCCCUCGGAGUGCAGCCCAAAUGUCUGCUUUGUCCCAGGAGAGGAGGAGCUCUGAAACCCACGCGCAGUGGAACCAAGUGGGUCCACGUCAGCUGUGCCUUAUGGAUCCCCGAGGUGAGCAUUGGCUGCCCUGAGAAGAUGGAACCUAUUACUAAAGUAUCCCACAUCCCAGCCAGUCGCUGGGCCUUGUCCUGUGGCCUGUGCCGUGAACACACAGGCACAUGUAUACAGUGCUCCAUGCCAUCCUGCGUCGUGGCCUUCCAUGUGACCUGUGCGUUCGACCACGGACUAGAGAUGCGCACCACUCUGGCAGAGAACGACGAGGUGCGUUUCAAAUCAUACUGUCUAGAGCACAGUAGCAUCUCACGCUCGAGCAGCGGCGGGAAUGCGGACAGGCCCGAACUGCGGCUCGCUGGUUCCGAUCUGUCAGUGACUCAUUCGGAUCGUUCGAAGCAGGAACAAGCAGAACGUGAGAAAGCCAGCCAACGCAAGCAGAAGCUGCAAGAGCUUGAAGAUGAGUUUUACAGAUUAGUGGACCCCAAGGAUGUUGCAGAAAGCCUUUCCCUGCCCGAUGUUCAUGUGGACUUCCUCUUCCAGUACUGGAAACUGCGACGAAAGGCCAACUUCAACCAGCCGCUGGUGGCCCGCAAGAGGGACGAGGUGGACAAUCUCGCCCAGCAGGAGCAGGAUGUUUUGUAUCGCCGUCUGAAGCUCUUCACUCACUUGCGUCAGGAUCUCGAGAGGGUCAGAAACUUGUGCUACAUGGUCACACGCAGAGAGAAGAUCAAACACUCUUUAUGCAACCUGCAGGAGAAGAUCUUUACCUUGCAGAUUCAGCUCUUAGAGAAGGACCUAGUUGGAGAAAAAACUCGGAGAGGGGAGAAGAUUCAUCGCAAUGGAGUCAGGGAACGAGUGAAAGAAAGGAGAAAGAGUAGUCCAGACAAGAAAGACAAAUGGAGAUCAGAUGACAGCUCUGUAUUCACACAGCUGGGUUUCUCCAAAUCCUUCCCACUGGACGGCUCGCUUUUUGACAGCUGGCUGGCUCAGUCGGUUCACAUCACGGCAGAUAACAUGCUGAGCCAGUGGUCUCUAUCCGGAGAGAGCCGCAACCCCUCCGCCAGCCUCCUGUCAGACCAGCUCCUGCAGGGCGAGGAGAACCUGCUCAGCCUCAUGAUGGACCACUCUAUCAAGUCCACCUGGAAGACGCCCCAGCUGGGCCGCAAGCCGAGGGGUGCGCCGCGCAGCCGCAGGAAGUCCGUCUCGCUUCCAAGAAUCAGAUCCACAGUUAAAGGCAAGGUUUGUCCUGAGGACCAACGUCCCAAACGAGGAGAAACAGUGCGCCAUGCACACCACCAUCACACCCGCAGCAGCGAAGGCAGGCUGGACCCUCUGCAGCCAGCCAUAUCCAAAAUGGACUCGUGCCACAUCUCCGAAGAGCAUGGCUCUUGGGUCACCGGUGCGGACGAUGGAGAUACGGAGAGCGACAAGCGCUCGCAGGUGGCCUUACGUCUGCGUCUACCUAGACAGGGCAAGUCACGCUCUAAGAGCAACACGACGCAGGCCUUGCUGCAGAACAGCACUGGGAACAACAUCUCCGCGCACGACACUGAAACAGACGGCUAUUUCUCUGAUGCGGAACAGAGUGACAGUGAAUUGCGCUAUUUCAGCCGGAAGCUGCGCUUGCCCCAACUGCAUGCUGGGAAGGAGGAGGUAGUGCGGAGAAGCGUGCUUGCCUCCUAAAACCAUUUUUGGAUGCAGCGGUGUUGCUGUAGGAGACACAGUCUCUCUCCCGUUUCUAGACCUUCAGAUGUAAAGGCGUGUGUUCUUUUCUCGCUUUAUGUGUCAGAGUAUGCUAGUCCGUCGCCUACAUUUAUGCAACCAUAACCAUUUGUGCUUGACAAACAAGAAAAAACGAAAAAGUCUAAAUGAGCACUGUCGGAGGUGUCGUCUUGGGAAGCAAUAGGCUCUGUCCUGGAACAGGGACGAUGACGUGGGCAUUAUGACGUCUGUUCAGGUUGUUUGUUUUAUAUGAAUACGUCUGUCGUGUGUCUCCAGAGGAUGCGGCUACUAUAAAAUGAUGUACAGAGAAAAUAUGACACAAAUAAGCACAAAUAGCCGUCGGGGAAUGUAGCACACAUGUACCUGUCGUAUCCACCGCCUCAUUCGCUUUUACAGAGACUAGACGUACCAGAAUCACACGGACACUUGAGCGUAAUUCUUACGUGCCAGAUCAGCUUGCAUCAUGGGUGAAUCUCACGAACAUGGAGCCUGUUUUAAGAGCCGUGUGAUAAUUGAGCACAUUUUUGACAUUUGGUCAAUCCAUCUCCAGUGGUCCGAAGUUGAGUGAUUGCCUCUAUCUAUUGGUAUCGCAAGACACCAAUUUUGUACUUUUUAUUUUACUUCGUUUAAUCACUGUGGUCAUCUUUGUGUGUGUCAUGGUGCACAAAACAUUUUGGGUCGUUUAUGGAAACCUCAGUAUCUUGAAAAAUCACAAGACUGGUCUCUUUACAUUCAGAGCAGCAUGACGAGUCAUAUCGUACCCAAUAUUCCAUGUCGGCAAUUUUGGGCAUCUGCCAUUUCGAAUUUUGACAAAAAAAAUGCUAUAUUUUUCGAAUGCAUUGGUGUAUUGUUGCAAAACGUGGUAUGUGUCUUCGACACAAUUCCCUGAAGGUACUCAAAACGUUUUGUGGCAAACAUAAUGAAAUUUCAAAAAAUGUUAAUAGCUUUUGAUUAAUUUUGCCUAUUGUCAUGAGACUUAUCUUGAUAGAUACCUUGGAUCAUGCAGAGAACAUAAUUUCCAAUGAUGCCAUAAUCGGCUGAACUUCCUGUCCGCCAUUUUGAUUUAUGUUGAAAACCUACUUUUUCAAACUUCACUUAGACCGUUGGUCCGAUUUUCACCAAAUUUGGCUCAGAUCAUCCUCAGACCAUAAUGGCAAAAAUUUAUGAAUUUCGUGUCGAUAGAUAAAAUGGUUUUCGUUUAACGCACCAACGAAUUUGAUGCCAAACUGCAUCUGAGGCUGUAUCUCUGCAAAGCUUUGACAUACUGACACCAAAUUUAUGUGUGUCAUUGUCACCUCACACUGACCACACCACAUCAAUUUGGUAACAGCGCCACCUAUCGAUCAAAAUUGAUAAGCCAUUAAAUCAUAUUAGUAAUGAUUGAAUUUAUGAUUUUUCAGCCAGUUUGUGUAAAAUCACCUUAAAAUGUCUUACUCAUUGUUGCGUUUGGUCUGAUCCUCCCUGCCAUGCUUGCUCCUCAUUCUGCCUCUGUUGUGCUUGGCCCCUUAAUUGCUGCUUGCAUUUGGACUUACAUUUUAAGUCUAAGGAACGCUCAUGUUCAUGUAUCUUAAAAUAUGCAUUUGAGAUCAGUUUUUGAUUCAAGGAGCUUCAGGAUCAUCUUGAGCCAAGAUACUGAGGUUUCCAUAAAUAUCUGUAUGACCCAAAAUUCGUUGUGCGCCAUGACACAAAGACAGCCACCCUGAUUAAACGAAGAAAAUAAAAAAAAUUAAAAAUGGGUGGUUUUGCAAUACCAACAGAUGGAGAUAAUCACAAAAAAAAAAAAAAAAAAAAAAAA